CAUUGACCGAUUUCUCGGUGAACUGGCAUCCCAAUGGCCGCCGACGAGACAACGCCACUGCUCCCAAAUGGGACUGGGACAGCGACAACGUCUGGGAAUAAUGUCGACACUAACAAUUCUCAACUAUCAUCACCAAACACCGAUAGCGAAAACACAACCAACAACCAUCACGACGUCAACAACAACAACACCAAAGCAAAAUGGACACUCAACCCCCUCACCCUCCUCACCCGCGUCCACGUCGAAACCCGCAUCCUCCUCGCCGCCUUCCUGAUAACCACCUCCUUCUCCUUCACCCAAGUCCCCAUCUUCUACGCCUUCCACCUCAUGGAAUGCGACGACUUCUACACCCACCACCCUCCCUACACCGGGCUCGGCGACCGCUGCAGCCGCAACGAGAUCGCGGCCGGCACCGCCACCGAUUUCUCUUUUCUCGCCAUGAGCACCACCAUCUGCGGCACCGUCAACCUCUUCUUCGCCGGCUGGCUCGUCAAGAAAAUCGGUCUCCGCUUGGCGCUGAUGGCGCAGGUUCUGGUCCCCGCCAUCCGCGUGCUGACGCAGAUCCUGGGUGUCCUGGCUGGAGGCAGGUCCGGGAUAGUGAUUUUUCAGGCUACGCAGUUGAUCACCGUCCUGGGCGGGCCGGUGGGGUAUAUCCUCAUCAUCAACAUCAUGGUCGGCGAGGUGGUUUCGCCAGCGAGACGGACGCCCGUCUUUGGCAUGUUGCAGGGCUGUUUUAUGCUGGGCCAGGCGGUCGGCUAUCUGACGGGCGGCAUGAUUGGGGAUGCGUGGGGGAUCCGGAGGCCGUUCGAGGUGGCGUUUGUUGCGUUUCUGGUUUCGACGGCGUAUGUGCAGUUGGCGCUGCCGUACGUCAGCCCGGAGAGCAUGGCGGGCGGCGGCAAGAAGGCCGGCGGGCCGAAGGCGGAGGGGGUGGCGGCGGGGUUUUUUGCGCCGUUGAGGGUGUUGGCGCCGCAGAGGGUGCGGCUGAGGAGUGGGAAGGUGAUCAAGCAUCUGGGUGUGCUGGUUCUGUGCACGGGUGUGUUUUUGGGUGUGCUCGCAACCGACUUUGCGGCUAUGCUUAUCCAGAUGUACGCCACUGCCGUUUUCGAGUUCCGCCAAAGCGACAACGGCUGGCUCAUGUCCGAGUUUGCGCUCAUGCGCGCUGUCUUCUUGAUCGUCCUCUUCCCGCGCAUCAUCUCCUCCGGUCGGAAAUGGUACGCGAAGCGGCAGUCGAAGCGCCAGCCGCGCCGUGAAUCCAUGUCCGAUCAAAGGGAUCCUGCUACCCAAGGCUUGCUCAUCCAGCCCGAUCAAUUGGAGGCUCCGAUGGGUACUCUCGCCGAAGAAGAGCCCAUGGUGACGCAGCCGCCGACCGAGACGGAAGAUACGCACUUUGAUCUCUUUUUCCUCCGUUGGAGCUUGGUGGCUGAUGGCUUGUUGACUUCUUGCACCGCGCUGGCGACCAAGAAGUGGCAUAUCUAUCUGGCUGCGGCCAUGCUUCCGUUUGCCAGCGGUACUGCGCCGGCGGCAAAGGGGGUGAUGACGGAGAUGUGCUCGCCUGAACAAAGGGCUGAUGCGUUGAAUGCGUUGACGCUGGUUGAGAACAUUGGCAGGUUGGCGACGCAGGGCUUCUUUGGGUUUGUCUUUGCUGCGUUGGCAGAAGCCGGGAAGCCCCAUUUGACGUUUUAUUGCAAUGCGAUUCUUGCAAUGAUCGCUGCUAGUGUCCUGAUCUUCUCCCGCUUCCCGCCGAAUGGGAGUGAGUUGAUCGAAGCAGACGAUGCAGAAGAGCACGUCAACGGAAGCAAUUCAAGCGAAUGAUCGGAUUGCAGGGGACAGCUUUCAUGUCAGGAUUCUGGAAAAGUUUUGCAUUUUAGGAUACCACUUUGGCG